AUGGACCGCACCACCGAGCUGCUGAGCUCCUACGCUUGCAAUCUCACGUACGAGGACCUGCCACCCGAGGUAGUGCAUCAAGUCAAGCGCACUGUUGCCGACACCCUGGGGUGUGCGGUAGGCGGUUACCUGAGCGAACCCGCGAAGGUUGCUCGCAAACUGGCGGGGGAUGUGACGAGCAAGACCUCCGCCAGGAUACUGGGAACCUACGACCGUUCCUCGCUGGACAUGGCCGGGUUCGCCAAUGGCGUGAUGGUGCGAUACCUGGACUGCAAUGAUUCGUACUUCUCGCCCGGCGGCGGGCAUCCGAGCGACAUGAUCCCCGCAGCGCUGGCGGUGGGGGACAGUGUGGAGGCCGACGGGCGCACGCUCAUAACGGCGAUUGCGCUGGCCUACGAGGCGUUCUGCCGCAUCGCGGACCACGUGCCGGACAACCAGUGGGACCAGGGCGUCCUGAGCGUAAUCGGCGCCGCCUGCGCGGCCGGCAAGGUCCUGGGCCUUGACGAGGAGCAGAUGGGCCACGCGAUAUCGUUGGCGGUGGUGCCCAACGUGCCUUUGCGGGUGACUCGAAUGGGCGAGCUGUCGAUGUGGAAGGGUUGCGCAUCGGCCGCGGCGACGCGGGCCGGCAUCUUCGCGGCACAAUUGGCGGCGGAAGGUAUGACCGGGCCGUUCGAACCGUUCGAGGGGCGCAAAGGGUUGUGGGAGCAAGCGAUCGGGUAUCCGAUUGAAAUUGAAACCAUGGGCGGGGACGACGCGCCGUUCCGGAUCACGGACACGAUCUUCAAAUUCUACCCAUCACAGAUACAUACGCAGGCGCCGAUCGAUUUGGCGAUUCAGCUUCACGAUCGGAUCGACGUGGACGACAUCGCGUCGAUCAAGAUCCAGUCAUAUCGAUCGGCGGUCAGCAGCGCGUCCACCGAACCCGAGAAAUGGGACCCGCAAACCCGGGAAACAGCCGACCACAGCAUCCCAUUCCUGGCGGCGGUGGGUCUGCGGGACGGAGAGGUGACCCCGGCCACGUUUGCUUCCGACCGUAUCGCGGACGCCGGGCUCCGGGCGAUCAUCAACAAGAUGCGGAUAGAUGAAAACGCGGAAUUCACGGAGAAGUAUCCCGCGGAAUACAAUUGCCGCAUCGAGGUGAUCAAAACCAAUGGCCAAACCGAGGUGGCGGAAACCAGUUUCCCCAAGGGUCACGGGAGAAAUCCGCUGAGCGACGCCGACGUGGACGCCAAGUUCCGCCGGCUGGCGUGCCCCACGAUCACGGAGCAGCAAUGCGAACAGGCACUGGAACUGAUCUGGUCGUUGGAGAACCUCCCGAACAUCCAGGGCAUAUUCGACAGCCUGGUGGUCUGA